UAAUAACACAGUGUUUUAUUUUAGUUUGGACCGGCAUUGCUGUGAUACCUUCACGUUUUUGUUUACGGAACAUUACAAUUGGAGUGAAAAAUGCUACCAUUAUCCCUGCUAAAGGCUGCCCAGAGUCAUCCCAUGUUGGUGGAACUUAAAAAUGGCGAAACCUACAAUGGACAUUUGGUAAGCUGCGACUCAUGGAUGAACAUCAAUCUGCGUGAUGUUAUUUGCACAUCAAAGGAUGGCGACCGGUUCUGGCGUAUGCCUGAAUGCUAUAUACGAGGUAGCACCAUCAAAUAUCUCCGUAUACCGGACGAAGUCAUCGAUAUGGUUAAGGAAGAUGCCUUGGCAAAGGUACGAAAUCGCACCGAAAUGAACAAAGGCCGUGCGGGUGGAGGAGGUCAGGGAAAUGUCCAAAAUCAGAAUCAACGUAAUCGUGGAGGAAAUCGUAACAACAGCAAUAAUCGGAAUAUGCAGGGUUCAGCAUCUGCCUCGGGUGGUGUUCGACAAUUUUCACAAAACAAUCGUUCAGCUAUGCAGCAAAAUAAACUUGGGAAAUAAAUUAUGGAAUUUUUAACAAAAUAA